AAGUCGUCGUUUCAUAAGUUAGAUCAAUGCUCUUGUCAAAAACUCUUCACCCUCUUCAUUCAUUGAAAUUAUAUCUAACAUUCUCUGUCUUUCUUCUUUUAUUGCCUUCUCUCCACUCUUUCUCAUCUUCUCUCAUAGUUAAGUGUAAAAAAUGAUCUCUUCCUGCUACUAGAAAAAGUACUCAUAAUAAAGAGAAGGAAAAGGUCUCAUCUCCUAUUUUUGUUGACUCUGAUUUCUAUAAUGAAAUCGUCCCUCAAAUGUCCUCUGCAUCGUCUCUUGAAAAGUUUCCAUGCAAAUUUGGUGAUUGUGGCUCCUCAAAGAAGAAGUUUAAGUUUGAUCUGGAUAGCUCGCUUGAUGAGAAGUAUUACAAUGCUCGUGCCUUUAUUAUCAUGGGUUAUUCUCACACUGAAUCCUCUUGGGUGAUUAAGAAUGAAGUUGAUGAUCCUGUUGGUGAGUCUCUCAAAGGGAAACUCUCCUCAUCCACCUUCGUAUCUUCUGAGAAAUUGAAUGCUGCUCUUGAGAAGAUUGUAGACAUGGACGUCAAGCUGGAAGCUCUUACCAUAUCUGUUACUCAGCUAAGUGAUAUUCUCACUCGUAUCAUUGACAUAGAUGAAAAGUUUGAUAAUUUCAAAGACAAGGCAUACGAUUGAGGGAUAGCAAAUGAAUAGUCGACUUUGUCAAAAACUAUUAGGGAAGUACCAUUACUGGCAAUUGUUAUUAUCAAAAAGAGGAAGAUUGAUAGUGCAAUAUUUUAGUGAUAAUCAAUUUUAUAUUUUGCAGGAAAAUCAAUCACCAAAAAUAAAACAAAUCGAUCAAAUACUCAAUCAAAGAUUGAUCGAAGAUGGUGUUAUAAAUAGAAUCAUAUUCAAUGAAUAGCGGCAUCAACGAUGAUUGAAGAUGAUUGAAGAUCGGAUUGCCCCUAAUUUGAGAAGAUGAUUGAGGAUUAGAUUUGAAGUAGAAAUCACAACAAGAAAACUGCUUUUAAAUUGUGAAGAUGAUUGAAGAUCAAAUUUGGAGUAACAACUGAAAAAGAAAGAUGACAAUAUAGCAUGGAGAUUGUCUCAAAAUAGUGAAGCUAAUUGAAGAUCAAUUUCAAAGUCAGAUUGCCUCAAAAUUGUGAAGCUGAUUGAUGAUAAAUUUCAAAGAGUCAUCAGAUCUGACAAUAUCAAAGGAGAUAUAUGAAAUCAAGAAAAGAGAUUCUUGUCAAGUUUAAGCCCUCACUUUUUUCUUGGAAAAAUGAUCCAUCAUUGCUUUUUUCCAAGGAUCAAUUCUCUUGGGUUUCCUUCUCUUCUAAAAGAAAAUUUCAGACUUCUUCGGUAUAAAAACAAGUGUUGCAAAAGAA